AUGGAACUGAUGAGCCAACUUAUCCCUUUGGACUACUUCAAGUCCUUGCUGCCAACAGAGUAUAACUUGGAAACGAUAACCAGAGUUGACUUUUCCAAAUGGGACUGGAAUCAGCUCAUCCCAUCCAACGACUUUGUCUAUCAGGAGGGCGUGACACCUUUCUCCAACAAGAACUUUAUCUUUAUGUGCAUUGCUGUCUACCUCUCGAUCAUUUAUGGUACCAAGCUGCUUCUGAGCAACCCAAAGACCAGGGGCUUUAACCUGCGUUGGUUCUCUGCCAUUCACAACCUAAUCCUUUGCGUUUGGUCAUUGGUCAUGUGUGUUGGAAUCACCUAUGAUGCAUUCAACAUGGCAAUGAACACUGAGUAUGGCAUCAAUGGUAUCUUUUGCUCGCCAAAGUCCAACCCAAUCAGCGGCAGAAUCUACUACUGGCACUACCUUUACUUUGUCAGCAAGUUCUACGAGUUUAUUGACACUAUCAUUAUUGUCUUGAAAAAGAAACCAUUGAUCUUCCUCCAUAUCUGGCAUCACUCAAUUGUUGUAUUGAUUGUCUGGACAUGGUUGCCUGAGGGUGUGGCCUAUGGAAGUGUUGGCUUGUUUGCCAACACUCUAGUUCACGUGUUCAUGUACUACUACUACUUCCGCACAACGCUCAAUCCUUCGGUGCGCAUCUGGUGGAAGAACUACUUGACGUCUGGCCAGCUGUUCCAGUUCACCAUGUCCUUUGUACUGUCGGUGCCCUACCUUUUACAGGACCUUGACUUUGGCGUAUCGCCCAUUGGUCACAAGUGCGUCGGAUGGGGUCCCUUCAUGUUCACCAUGUUCAACAACCUCUUCUUCCUGAUCCUGUUCAUGAACUUCUAUAUCAAGACCUACAUUGUCAAGGGCAAGCCACAACCCAAGAAGACAAAC